AUGCGGAUUUGGGUGAGCCUGAGUGCUACGAUUUUGAGGAGUAUGAGGCUCCAAGGAUGCACCCCUCUGUUGUGGCAGCCCACAAGAGAAUUGGACUUCUCCAAAGCAAGAAGAAGAAGUCCAAGACUCCCACCAAGGAGUAAAUCUCUCCUCACCACUCCAAGAAGGCUCCCUGCCCACGAGCCUCACAGGGCCUCAUCAUUCGAGCCAAGGGAAGGAGAAGACAACUCGCAGAGGAGGAGGAAGAGUUCCAAAACUCGACGCUCCAACUCGAUCAGCGAGCUCGACCGAGCUGAGGGUCGAGUUGACCUGGAGGAGCCCCUGUUUGAGAACCUUGGGUUCGAGUACGAUUCAACGCAGUACCAGGACUUCUCUCAGACUCUCUGGACUCCCUACAACUGCUUCGAGCAAGCGCAGCUCCUCCAAGGCCAAGGUAGCCACACACAUUUCAACGAUGAAGAAGAGGAGAAGAGGAGCCUCAAGCUCGAUCGAGUGAGCCGAACCCAGUCGAGUGGAGUGUUCCUGAUGGCCGUCUACCAUCCCCAGACCACGACCUAG